CGGCGGGAGCGCGGCGGGACGGAGCGGGCGCCGCUGCCGGCAUUGCCCUGGUCCCGGCGGGAAACAGGAGCAGCAGCAGCAGCAGCAGGAGGAGGAGGAGGAAGAGGAGGAAGGCGGGGGUCAUCCCACUAAGCCAGGCAGGAUGGAUAAGUACGACGACCUGGGUCUGGAAGCCAGCAAGUUCAUCGAGGACCUCAACAUGUACGAGGCCUCCAAGGACGGUCUCUUUCGGGUGGACAAAGCUGCCGGCAACAACCCCGAGUUCGAGGAGACCAGGCGGGUCUUCGCCACGAAGAUGGCAAAGAUCCACCUCCAGCAGCAGCAGCAGCAGCAGCAGGAGGAGAUGCUGAUGGCCGCGAUGAACGGAGGGGCUGCCGCCUUCCACGCCGCCCGGCCCAGCCCGCCGGUGCCGCGGGGGGCCAAGCCGCCCCCCGCCGCCGAGGGGCCCCGAGCGAGGCCCUACGAGGGAGGGGAGCGCGGCUUCGGAGAGAGCGGGGCACGUGCCGAGGCCCCCGGGAGCCAGGCCGGGCGCCGGGGCUGGGAAGCGGAGCCUGACAGGAUGCCCAGAGCGGGGUGCUCACAGCCUGGCGCGGGGCGCGGGGAGCAGCAGCCCGGGAGCCCUGGGCAGGAGAAUGGCGGCGAGGGCCGGCGAGGUGCUGGGGGCCGUGACCCGACGCCAGCCGGGCAGAGAUCCUCCUCCUUCUCGAACGCCCGCACCCCCCCGGCACCCUCGGCAGGGCCAGAGGAGGCCGCGCCUCAGCAGCGGUCUUCGUCCUUCUCGACGCCUUCGGUGCAGCCCGCCCGGGGGUUUUCAGGCCCCUCUGAGCCCUGUGGUCCCAAAGCCGGAGGAGAUGGCAAACAGCUGUGGUACCAGGGUGUCUCGCUGCCCUACCCACCAAGCUCUGCACCCAGUGCCCCCAGCGCAGACUACCAGCACGCCGCUGCCUACCCCAGCCCAGGUGGCCACUUUGUGGCCCACGGGCAAAACCACAAGCCCAAUGGCGGUGGCGUGAACCCAGAGCCAGGCUCCUCACGCCUGGCCUCGCGAGGGCUGGUGGCUCCAAAUGCUCCACAGCCGCUUUGCCCGGAGGGCGUGAGCGGGCCACGGUCAGACUCCGGGCACCUGGAUAGCUCCAGCACAGCAAAGGUGAAGCUGCCCUGCCAGACCCUUCUCCCACAGCCAGAGCAGGGGCCAUCAGCGGCCGAGCUGAAGCUGGAGGCACUGACCCAGCGCCUGGAGCAGGAGAUGGAUGCUCGGCCAAAGGCCGAUUACUUUGGCACCUGUGUGAAGUGCAGCAAGGGAGUGUAUGGAGCAAACCAGGCUUGCCAGGCCAUGGGCAACCUCUACCAUGACAGCUGCUUCACCUGUGGAGCCUGCAGUCGAAAGCUGAGAGGAAAAGCCUUUUAUUUUGUCAAUGGCAAGGUGUUCUGUGAAGAAGAUUUCCUGUAUUCUGGUUUCCAGCAGUCAGCUGACAGGUGUUUCAUUUGUGGUCAUUUGAUAAUGGACAUGAUCCUGCAGGCUCUAGGGAAAUCAUAUCAUCCAGGCUGCUUCCGAUGCGUGGUCUGCAAUGAGUGUCUGGAUGGUGUACCAUUCACUGUAGACUCUGAAAACAAAAUCUACUGUGUCAGAGAUUACCACAAAGUUUUAGCUCCAAAGUGUGCAGCGUGUGGGCUUCCCAUUCUGCCCUCUGAGGGGUCUGAUGAGACCAUUCGAGUUGUGUCCAUGGAGAAGGAUUACCAUGUGGAAUGUUAUCACUGCGAGGACUGUGGGAUGGAACUGAACGAUGAAGACGGGCAUCGCUGUUACCCACUAGAUGAACAUUUGCUUUGUCACUCCUGUCAUCUGAAACAUAUAGAGAAUGGCACAACCCCAGCAGCUGCCUACCAGCACCACUACUAGCCAGUGUGGCUGACAUCGGAAAGCCGGGACAGAAGACUUGUUACAUGAUCUCCCUCUCCCUGCCCUCAGUUGAUUUCCUGUGCAUGUUUUUCGCCAGUCGGCAGCAUUUCUGUAAAAGGAUAUGAGAGAUUUUUGGUGGAUUCCCAGAGAUUGUAUGCUUGUGGAUUCCAGCUGUAUCGAACCAUGUCUACUUGACCAAGAAUGUGGCAUGUUAUCUAAACUGAUCAGUUUACUUUUACGUGCCUUUUUCUGCUGCCUGGAGAUUCCUCUUGGCUCAUUUUGGAAGAUCCUUCAGUGAAAGCACAAUUUGCUGUUGUGUCUAUAAACUCAGAUCAUGUCAUGCACAAUUAAAAAGCCAGAGGCUGGCUUGUCUGCCUGCCUGCCAGAGGCAUCCUGUCAA